GUUUGCUUAGACGGUUGCUUGUUGUUUUUUCGCGGAGCGCGAUGCCAGUUCCAGCUUCGGACUUGGAUUUGGCCAACUAGCGGAUAAACGUUUUUGUGAAAACAAAUAAUCCCAUACAAAGCCCAGGAUAUGGCCUACUUACAUCUUCAUUUUUGGUUUCUCCUGCUUGGCGGGUCAUUUGUCAUAGGCCAGGCUGCUAAAGCGGGACAAGUGCAAGCCAGCUCCAGUUCCUCCGGCUCCUCCGGCCCCACCAGCAGUUGUGCGUUUCACACGCUCGACGGCGUGGCUGCGGAAAGCGAAGGUGUCCGCUUUAUCCGCCUACGCGAAGACGCCCCGGUCGGCAAGGAGAUCCUCCGGCUGCAGGCCUACCCCCGAUCCACGGCCUCUCUCAAGGGGGCCGAUCCCAGUGCGGAUCACAAGUACUUCGAUCUGAAGGAGCACAACUCUACUACCCUGGUGGUGACCUUGGCUCGGUCCCUGGAGCGCCUCGUGGAUCGCGAUGUGCCUCGGAACCUGCUCAAGUUCCGGAUUUUGUGUGCCGGAAAGCAAGAGAAAAUUGAGGAGGGCAGCUACUUGUCCAUCACGGUCUAUAUCGAGGAUGUCAACGACAACGCCCCUGAGUUCCUCAACGUGCCCUAUGUGGUGGAUGUGGACGAAAACACCUCCGUGGAGAGUAUCAUUUUCGAAGGGGUCCAGGCCUUCGAUCGGGACAAGCCAAACACCCCCAACUCCGAGGUGCACUUCAGCAUGACCACCGUGCCGGAGCAACUGUCGGCCGAUGGCAGUCCCUUCUUUGCCCUGAAGAGUCCCCACCGCCCACUGCUCAUCCUGAAACGCGAACUGGACUUUGACAAUGGCAUUCGGCAGUUCAAGUUGCCGAUUUUCGCUUGGGAUCGAGGCACUCCUGCCAAUCAGGCAAACACCACUAUCACAAUCAAUGUGAGGGAUGUGGACGAUCUGCCUCCAAAGUUCACGGAAGGAGUCUACAGAACAAGGAUCAACGAGUUCUAUCCGAUGACAGGAGUGCCCAUAAGGAUUCCUUUGUACUUUGCCCCGCCCAUAAUGGCAUUCGAUCAGGACUCGCUCAACGCCACCCUGGUGUAUGACAUCAUCUCCGGAAAUGAACGACAGCUCUUCAGGGUUAAUCCACACAACGGGGUCAUGUAUCUGCAGAAGGAAAUCGAUUUGGAGGAGGAGAGUCUGCCAGGGAACAGCUUUGUCCUGCAGUUGGAGGCUCGGCAGAAGGACAAUCCUUUGAAAAAGGCUCUGGCACGCAUCGAAGUGGAGGUCAUGGAUUUGAAUGACAAUGUUCCCGAGUUCGAGGCCGAUUUCUACAACAUAUCCAUCGUGGAAAAUCUGCCAACUGGCUUCAGUGUCCUCCAGGUUAAUGCCGUGGAUCGGGAUCAGGGCGAGAACUCGGAAUUCCUGUACAAUCUCGUGGAGACCAAGGACGCUGCAGGUGCCUUUCGCAUCGAUUCCCGCACAGGGUGGAUCACGGUACGAGAUGAUCGUCUCUUAGAUCGCGAACAGCGACGAUCCAUACACCUGAAUGUGGAAGCUCUGGAAAGAAAUCCUUCCUACCUAGACGACAAGCAUUUGAAGAAACCAGGACCCAGUAAAGUCCAAGUGGAAAUCACUCUCUUGGACACCAACGACAAUACUCCGAAAUUCGAGCAUGGAAACCUUUACGAAUUCAAGGUGCCAAUUACGGCACCCAUUGGAUAUGUAAUAGGUCAGGUGGCUGCCCACGAUCCGGACGAAGGUCCCAACGGGCUGUUGCUGUACGAACUGCAGCGACCCAAGGGCAGUGGAUACAUACCCUUUCGGCUGGACAACAAGAAUGGUACCAUCUAUGUGGGUGGUCCUCUGCGAAGAGGUCGCAUCGCCGUCUUCGUGGAGGCCAGUGAUCAGCCCACCAAUCCCUCGGAGAGACGUUUCUCCUUGGCCGUUAUUACGAUAGAGGUUUAUGCCACCAUCGAUGACCAGGCCAUUGACUUUGUGGGGGCUCCCUACGAGUUCUGGGUGGGGGCCAAUACCCCGCUGGGCACCUCGGUGGGUCAGGUCCGCACUACGCUGAUCUACGAUGGCGAGGACGAGAUCAUGUACGAUCUCUUGCAUACCUACUCUGAGGGAGUUCCCUUUGCCAUCGAGGAGCGAUCAGGCAUUAUUACGGUGAUCCGGGAGCUGUCGGAGUUCAAGAGGAAGAUCUACCAAUUCGAGGCAGUGGCUAACUACCUCUUUGCAAACUCCUCGCAAUCUCUGGUGAUGUCCCGUAGCUCCAGCUCCGCCUUGACCACCAUAGCCUCCCCAGCAGAACUCAGUGAUGAGGGAGUCCUGAUCACCAAUCUUACCAUCCACAUAGUAAACAAGCCAGAACAAAAGGUCCCCUUGAGACCUGUCAUAGAGGAAAUCAACAUGAAUGUGAUCAACUUCCAUGUGGAGGAGAACGUCGUGGGUGGGAUUAUUGGUCAGCUUCUCUACAAAAAUGGCGUAAACUUGGUCAACAACGAGCUGGGCACCUUCCGGGAAAUGCCCUCCGAGGCAACUGGUCGUAAUCUCACAAUGGGCAGCCGAUUCCGCAGUCGGAAUCGUAGCCGCAGCUCGAAGACGAAGAGACGGUUUCCCAGACGCCUUGCCGGAGACAGCAACCUAAAGCUGCGAUACAUAAUCGCCAACCAGCAGGAGGUGGUCAACAAGAUCUCCAUUACUGAGGACGGCACCUUGCUGACCCUCAUCGGCCUGGAUCGGGAACAGCAGGACAGCUACGAGCUGACGGUGAUCGUGGAGUACAGUACGGGUCUGGUGAGUGGAGCGGGAAUCUACCAGGUGAACAUCAAGGUGGACGACGUCAACGACAAUGCUCCCAAGUUCAAUGCCCUGACCUAUGUGGGAUUGAUUAAUGAGAACUGCGCCGUGGGCACGGAACUCUCCAUGAAUCAUGCCAUCCUGAUACAGGACGCCGACGAAGGUGUGAAUGCGGAGUUCCGAGUCCAGUUGCAGGGCGAUUAUAGCGAGGAGUUCACCAUCGAGUAUGUGAACGGCAGCUCUUUGGAGAACGCCACACAGCACAAGAUGCCUCCGAGAACCGGGGCCUUCAAUAUCUUCAAUCUCACGGAUCAGUGGAACGACGAAUUCAAGUACCAGGAGCUGCACACCACCUUCAUGCAGACGAACUUCAAGAUGAGCUCCGGUCCCUACUUCCGCAUCGCGUACACAGGGAAAAAGGGCUUGGAUCGUGAGAAGCAACAGCUUUACAACCUUAAGAUCAUAGCAGCCGAUACCGGAGGCCUCUCCGGCUACGCCCAUCUGACCAUUCUCGUGGCGGAUGUGAACGACAAUGCUCCGGUCUUCGAACGCAUCUCGGUGUUUAAGGACUCCCGCUUGGAGAUCCGGGAGUACACCACCGACAUGGAGAUCUACUUCGUGGAGAGCUCCAGCGGGAUGUCGGCUCCCCAGGCCACGGCAGCCAUGAUGCUGGCUCCGCCCCCCUACCACAUACCGGGCUCUCCCAGGCUGCACAGGGACAGCGAGCGUUCCAUCGGAGUGGUGGGCAGGGCGAAAGCCCGCAGGCGCCUUGCAAGAGCGGUGUCCAUCAAGUGUCCUUUGUUUGCCAUCUACGAGGACACCCCGGUGGGCACCAAACUGCUCCAGCUGAGCGCCAGCGACGAGGACUUCGGCAAGAACGCCCAGCUGCACUACGAACUCCAGGGCGAGCAGGUGGAGCGCUCACCGGGAAUGCCAAUGUUGCGGGUCCAGGGAGUGCGGUACUUCAACAUCGACAAGCUGAGUGGCGAGGUGGCUGUCAACUAUCCCCUCUCGGCCAACAUAGAGAUCUGGCUGAAUCUUACAGUGACCGACAUAGACGGCCUCAAGGACUCCACCUGCCUGCGCUUCACCGUAAUGGACGUCAACAACCAUGCCCCGACUUUCAAGAAGUCCUGGUAUAGCUUCGACACCCCCGAGGGCGAGUACAAGGAUAGUGUUCUGGGCCAGCUGACGGCCAUCGACAUGGACUUUGGGGAGAAUGCCAACAUCACGUAUACGCUCAGUGAUCCAAAGUUGCCAUUUACAAUAAAACCCGCCUCGGGAGUCCUGAAGAUCAGCGGUCAACUCGACAGGGAGUUGAAGGACAAGUACAACUUCCAUGUGAUAGCCACGGACAAUGCCCCCUUGCUUCAACGCAUGUCCAGCAGUGUGGACGUGGAGGUGAAUAUCCUGGACAUCAACGACAACAGUCCCGAAUUCAUAGGCUACGAUGAUCAGACAAAGGCUGUCAAGUACAUAUCGAAUGUUGCGGAUCGUACCUUGAUGUUGCCGGUUUACAAAGCCUAUCUGGAUCGGAGCACUCAGCCGGGCACGUUUGUGAAGCAACUGACUGCCAUCGACAAGGAUAACGUGGGCAACGGCAACGGCCUUGUCCUGUACUCCAUCCGGCACCAGGAGAUGCAGGCGCCACUCUUCCAAAUCGAUUCCAGGGAUGGCACCAUUUCCACAGUCUCCCGGAUUAGUGGCUACAACGACUACGAGCACCUGAACGUCUCGGUCAUUGCCUCGGAUGUAGGUAGUCCUGCCCUUUCCGCCACAGCAGUGGUCAUCGUGAAUCUCCAGGGCCAGGCAGUCACCGAUCCCCCGACGUCCACGCCCAAGCCAGAGCCACCCGCGAACAUCACCAUCUUCCAGCACGCGUAUUACGAAGUGAAGUUGAUGGAAAACAACGAAGCGCCCAUUGAGGUGAUGCGCCUAAAUCUCACCACUGGUCUGAAUCCCGAAAACUACCGAUGGUCCUUGUGGCUGGAGGAGGGCCUGGACGAAACCGAUGCCCAUCCCCCCUUCGAGUACGAUGCCAAGAACAUGCUACUCUACGCCCUAAAACCCUUCGACAGGGAGCACAUAUCCCGGUACCAGUUGAGGAUUCGGGCCGACCGGCUCAGCCGUGAGGCCAGGAACUUUGCCAGAGUCUCGUAUCCUGUGGUGGAUGAGCGAAUCGAGGGUCUGUCCCCGAACGAGUGCAGAAUCCUAGUCCAUAUCACGGAUGAAAACGACAAUGCCCCCAAGUUCCGGGGCAACGGGCAGCCGAUCGUCGCCGUCUUGCCACGAAGUGCCAGUUUCGGGUAUCCUGUUACCAAAGUCAUUGCCACCGACCUGGAUGAGGGCCUGAAUGCCGAGAUUCGCUAUCGCCUGCUCAACGAACCCACUCGACUCUUCGGCAUCGACGAGGCCACUGGCAACAUUCGCCUUCUCGCUGAUCUCCCCCACGAUGAACGGCUCUAUGGAUUCGAUGUCAAGGCUACGGAUCGCCUGGGUGAGGACGAUGGCAGGAGCGGAAUCGUCAACGUUUUCGUUUACAUCAUCGACGAGGCCAAGCAGGUGCGGCUGGUGGUGGCGGGAAUGCCCGUGGAGGUGGAACGCCGUAUCGAAGGCCUGAUGGAGGCGCUGAGCGACGCCAUCGGCAAGGAUGUUCGGGUCAGACUGCUGGAGCCACAUUCUGGGUUACUGGAACCUGCCACCAAUGCCUACAUCUACGCCGUCGAUCCGCACACGAAUUCCAUCGUGGAAAUGGAGCAGCUCCAGGACUCCCUGGCCGGCUUGCAACUGGACGCGUUGCAGUUGCAACAGCAGAAACUGGAUGGCAGCAAGUCGAUGCCGCGAAUCAUAGAGCUGGCUGAGUUUGGCCAAGUGGUCCGGCCCACGCACGCCUCCGCGUCGGGCUCAAUGGGCGGCCUGGAAUUCGUAACGCUGAUUCUCCUGACCGUGGUCAGCCUGGGGGCCCUGGUGGCGGCCUGCUGCUACAUGUGCAUGCGGCAGAAACGGCGCCUCUGGUCGCAACGUGAUUUUUCCGCCUCGGAUGCCGGCCUCACCUAUACUAUCGCCGGGAUCGGGUCCACUCGUGGGCAGAAGCAGCGCCGUCAGCGACAACAGCGACACCACACACAACGCUGCAGCAAGGGCAGCACGGGAAGCCAGCGCCCCAAUAGCGCCUUCAUGCCGGAGUCCGUCUGCUCCUCGGCCCAGACCCAGUCGACGGCCACCGCCACCGAGAAACUGGAGCAGCAGUUGCAUCACCACCACCAGCAGCAGGCGAUGGCCACGCAGCAGCAGCACCACCAAUACCUGAACGAGCAACAGCGGCAGCAACAGCAACAGCAUCGGGAAUAUAUCGAUGUGCCACUGCCCAAGUCCAUUGCAGCCAAGGCGGCGGCGGCAGCAGCGGCGGCCGGAGGAGGAGCAAAUGACGGCCAAGUGGGAAGCACUGGAAGCACUCCAUUUGUGCUCAAGUACAAUGCCUGCCAGCCAGUCAGCAAUCUAAACAAUUAUGAGACAUCGCUCUUCUCGUUGCACUCGACGGGCCAGGACUCUGGCGUGGAGUUCCUGAGCAGCCGGGAGCUAUACGAAACCUCACCUGAUUCCUUCCAGCACAGUGGUUCCAAGCGCAGCAAUCCCGAGGUCCUAUGCCCCAGGCACGCCAAAGCUCAUCUAGAGCUCCGCCAGCCCCAUCCCAACACAGACAGUAGUGACACCUAUGAGGACUCACUGAAGACCGAUGAACCACUGGUGGCUCACAAUUGCCGCAGCGGUAACUGUGAGCACCGCCAGCAGAAGCAGCAGCACCACCCUCUCAGCCACCAGCCCCACUACCAGAACACGCGCUUCGAGAAGCGUUCCUGCGUGCGGCACUCCUUCUCCGGGGUCAAGGACGAUCUGAUGCAGAGCUCUCCACAGAUCUCCCUGCGCCCUCGGGGCCAUGCCCUGCGCAACUCGAUGAACGACCUGGAGCAGCGACUCCACAACCUGGAGCAGUCCUUCCGGCGACCACUCGAAUUUAGCAAAUCCAACUCGUUAUUUUAGUUUAGAAUGAAAAGAAGUGCAAUCCAUAGUGACUAGACGACUAGUUAAGUUAUUUUUUAUUGAUAAGUAAUCAGUGCAAUAAA